AUGGAGGUCGCUGAAUCCAACGAACUUGCUGCGUAUAGCCGGUGUAAAAGGGCACAUGGAUUACCUUGCCCUCCCUGCAAAUAUUGGGUCGAGCUCUCGGAGAAAAUUCCCCUCACCAAAGACGACGCAAAUCAUAUCAGUUUGAUUUCAAAGCUUGCAGAACUUCGUACAGAUAUCAACAGUAACCACGAGCCCUUUAUCCACCGUCUUCCCCCCGAGAUUUCCACCAACAUACUUGAAAUGACGCUCUCCAGGGAAUGGUACACUGUAGAGCAGCAACAUCAGUUGAAAAGGGAAGAGCAGGGCUGGCCACUGGUCUUGGGAGCAGUCUGUAAAACAUGGCGGCGUCUCGCGUGGUCUUCUCCCCGACUAUGGACGGUUAUGCAUCUUCGCUAUGACGUUACGGCUACAGAAUUAUUAACCCCGAUACGCUUGAAUAUUGCUGAAAAAUGGCUGAGGAGGUCGGGCCAGCUUCCACUGUCAAUCAGCAUUUAUGCCCUCCAGGAAAAUCUCUCGGAUUUUCGAGAAACAGCACGAGCUGUGACGCAGUCUCUCAUCCCGUUCGCCAGCCUCAUAAACCGUUAUUCCCACCGCUGGCAAUGGCUAGACAUUCAGGUAACCGGGGCCAUUCUUGCCAUACUCACAGGCAACGGUCGUGCAGGUAUACUCGAUAGGCUUAGAAUUAUUGAAGACGACAUGGCCCCUGCUAUUCUCUUUGGCCUUGAUGGAACAGAACCUUCUCCCAGACUUUUGUCUUCAACUUUAUCCAUUGUGCAAGCGGUAGACCGUAGAAAUCUCGUAAUUGUGCAACUCAGUCAACUCAGUCAUGGUGACAUCCUCGAUCUUCUGAAAUCCGCCCCUCGCCUCGAAAAUUGCGAGCUUGCCGACAUCGAUUUCGAUCCAGACUCUUACGAUGAAACUUGCCCUCGUUUCGCCCACGAGAAGUUGAAUUCAUUGAAAAUUGACUGCAUGGAUUCAAACGGUAACAGCCCACUAUUUUCCAAGCUCUUCCUCCCUACAUUGCAGCAUCUCCGGUUUGAGCAUUACUAUGAUAUCUUUGAUUUCACUUCUCUCAUUGAUGUCGCAUUACAUUCCAAAACUUGGUCUUUGACUUCUUUAUGCUUAGACUGCCGUUUCGCAAAUGACGGUGGACUUCUACUUUUCCUCCAACAUUCAGUUCUGCUGGAAGAAGUGGAACUAAAUAUAGAGCGGGAGUCGCAAUCUAUGCAGGAAAUUUUCUCCCUUUUACGCCAUCUUGCUGCUACAAAAUCCAAUGCUUCCGCAGACUAUGUUAAAAUUGAAGGUGCAGAGAUCUUCUUGCCUAAACUCACUCGCCUCAUGAUUGUCACGACUCCUCCCCAACCUGCCCAACAGGAAGCCAAAUUCUUGUGGGGCCUUUGUGCAGAUAUCUUCAAACCGAUAUCUGAUAUCGACUCCAAAGCAUGCUUUAGGCGCACAUCACUCUCGCUAUCAGUGGAACACUACAAUGAUCAAGAUGACCUACCGGAUCACGAUUCAUUCAUUUCCGAAUUAGAAACGCAGCGUUUUGAGGAGAUAUCCAAAGCAGGCAUUUCGCUACGCCUGAGAAAUAUCGGGGAACGGGGAGACUUUGAUAUUCUUGAAUUUUCAAAAAGGCAUCAUGCGGGGCUGUUUAAUCCAUUCAUGACGGUUCUCUAA